GCAGGUGCAGGGCGCACGGGCGGAGACCGCCGCCCUCUGCCCGCCCCUCCGCCCGCCGCGAUGCCGCCGGUGCAGAAGACGGUGUCGGAGAUCCGCUCCCGCGCGGAGGGGUAUGAGAAGCCAGAUGAUGUUUCAGAGAAAACUUCUUUAGCUGAUCAAGAGGAAUUGAGAACUAUAUUCAUCAAUCAGCCUCAGUUAACCAAAUUCUGCAAUAAUCAUGUCAGCACUGCGAAGUACAACAUAAUCACAUUCCUGCCAAGAUUCCUUUAUUCCCAGUUCAGAAGAGCUGCUAAUGCAUUUUUUCUUUUUAUUGCGUUACUUCAGCAAAUUCCAGAUGUAUCACCAACAGGUCGUUACACAACAUUGGUUCCUCUCUUAUUUAUUUUAGCUGUAGCUGCAGUCAAGGAGAUAAUAGAGGAUAUUAAAAGACAUAAAGCUGAUAAUGCAGUGAACAAGAAACAAACUCAAGUACUGCGAAAUGGUGCAUGGGAGAUUGUUCACUGGGAAAAGGUGGCAGUAGGGGAAGUAGUGAAAGUGACCAAUGGGGAGCAUCUCCCAGCUGAUAUCAUCAGUCUGUCUUCAAGUGAACCACAAGCAAUGUGCUACAUCGAAACGUCAAACUUAGAUGGUGAAACAAACUUAAAAAUUCGACAGGGUUUGCCACUAACGUCAGAUAUAAAGGACAUUGAAAGCUUGAUGAGACUUUCAGGCAGAAUUGAAUGUGAGAGCCCAAAUCGACAUCUCUACGACUUUGUUGGAAACAUCAGACUGGAUGGGCAUGGUACUGUUCCAUUGGGAUCCGAUCAGAUUCUUCUACGGGGAGCUCAGUUGAGAAAUACUCAGUGGGUUCACGGAAUAGUUGUCUAUACAGGACAUGAUACAAAACUCAUGCAGAAUUCCACAAGCCCACCUCUUAAAAUGUCUAAUGUGGAACGAAUUACAAAUAUUCAGAUUUUGAUUUUGUUCUGCAUCCUUAUUGCCAUGUCUUUGAUCUGCUCUAUUGGUUCAGCUAUCUGGAAUCGAAGGCAUACUGGAAGAGACUGGUAUCUUGAUCUAAACUAUGGUGGAGCAAGCAAUUUUGGGUUGAAUUUCUUGACUUUCAUCAUUCUCUUCAAUAAUCUUAUUCCAAUCAGUUUGCUGGUUACACUUGAAGUCGUUAAAUUUAUCCAGGCAUAUUUCAUAAAUUGGGAUAUAGAUAUGCGCUAUGAACCUACGGACACUGCUGCUAUGGCUCGUACUUCCAAUCUCAAUGAAGAACUUGGACAGGUCAAAUACAUAUUUUCUGACAAAACGGGUACCCUGACAUGCAAUGUCAUGCAAUUUAAGAAGUGUACUAUAGCAGGAGUUGCAUAUGGCCAUUGCCCUGAGCCUGAGGAUUAUAGUGUUCCUUCAGAUGAUUGGCAGAGCUCACAAAAUGGGGAAGAUAAAGCAUUUAGUGACUCGUCAUUACUGGAGAAUCUUCAAAGCAAUCAUCCAACUGCACCUAUAAUAUGUGAGUUUUUGACAAUGAUGGCAGUGUGUCAUACAGCUGUUCCUGAAAGAGAAGGUGAUAAGAUCAUAUAUCAAGCAGCAUCUCCAGAUGAAGGAGCAUUGGUCAGAGCAGCCAGGCAUCUUCGUUUUGUAUUCACUGGAAGGACACCUGACUCAGUAAUCAUAGAGUCUUUGGGGCAGGAAGAACGAUAUGAAUUGCUAAAUGUACUGGAAUUUACAAGCACUAGGAAGAGAAUGUCAGUGAUAGUUCGCACACCGACAGGAAAGUUAAGACUCUACUGCAAAGGAGCUGAUACUGUAAUUUAUGAUCGUCUUGCUGAGAGUUCAAAAUACAAAGAAAUCACCUUAAAACAUCUAGAGCAAUUUGCCACAGAAGGUUUACGAACUCUGUGUUUUGCUGUGGCUGAAAUUUCAGAAAGUGAAUAUCGAGAGUGGUUGGAUGUCUAUCAUCGUGCUUCAACAGCUAUACAGAAUAGAGCACUCAAACUUGAGGAGAGCUAUGAACUGAUUGAAAAAAAUCUUCAGCUGCUUGGAGCAACAGCAAUCGAAGAUAAACUACAAGACAAAGUGCCUGAAACUAUAGAGACGCUCAUGAAAGCAGACAUCAAAAUUUGGAUACUUACUGGGGACAAACAAGAGACUGCCAUUAACAUUGGUCAUUCCUGUAAACUGUUGAGAAAGAACAUGGGACUAAUUGUUAUAAAUGAAGGCUCUCUUGAUGGAACAAGAGAGACGCUUAGCCAUCAUUGCAGUACUCUUGGUGAUGCUUUAAGGAAGGAAAAUGAUUUUGCUCUUAUCAUUGAUGGCAAAUCCCUGAAGUAUGCUUUGACAUUUGGAGUGAGACAGUAUUUCUUGGAUUUGGCUUUGUCAUGUAAAGCUGUUAUUUGUUGCAGGGUAUCUCCACUUCAAAAAUCUGAAGUUGUAGAAAUGGUUAAAAAACAGGUUAAGGUAGUAACUCUAGCAAUUGGUGAUGGAGCAAAUGACGUUAGUAUGAUACAAACAGCACAUGUUGGUGUUGGUAUUAGUGGAAAUGAAGGUCUUCAGGCUGCUAAUUCUUCAGAUUACUCAAUUGCUCAGUUCAAGUAUUUGAAGAACUUGUUGUUGGUUCAUGGUGCCUGGAACUAUAACAGAGUAGCUAAAUGCAUCUUAUACUGUUUCUACAAGAAUAUAGUCCUUUAUAUUAUUGAGAUCUGGUUUGCUUUUGUCAAUGGCUUUUCAGGACAAAUUCUUUUUGAAAGAUGGUGUAUAGGUCUUUACAAUGUGAUGUUUACAGCAAUGCCUCCACUAACUCUUGGAAUAUUUGAGAGAUCCUGCCGAAAAGAAAACAUGCUGAAAUAUCCUGAAUUAUACAAGACUUCCCAAAAUGCACUGGACUUCAAUACUAAGGUUUUCUGGGUUCAUUGUUUAAAUGGCCUCUUCCACUCGUUCAUUCUCUUCUGGUUUCCACUAAAAUCCCUCCAGCAUGGUACUGUAUUUGGCAAUGGUAAAACUUCAGAUUACUUGCUCCUGGGAAACACUGUUUAUACUUUUGUGGUUCUAACUGUGUGUUUGAAGGCUGGAUUAGAGACCUCAUACUGGACUUUGUUCAGCCAUAUAGCUAUCUGGGGCAGCAUAGCACUUUGGGUAGUGUUUUUUGGAAUUUACUCUUCUUUGUGGCCAGUCAUUCCUAUGGCACCUGAUAUGUCAGGAGAGGCAGCUAUGAUGUUCAGCUCUGGAGUGUUUUGGAUGGGACUUCUAUGUAUUCCUAUGACAGCAUUGCUUUUUGAUGUAGUAUACAAAGUAGUGAAAAGAGCUACUUUUAAGACACUGGUAGAUGAAGUGCAGGAGUUGGAAGCAAAGUCUGAGGAUCCUGGAGCAGUUGUGCAUGGCAAGAGUUUAACUGAAAGAGCCCAGCUACUGAAGAAUGUUUUUAAGAAGAACCAUGUGAACUUAUAUCGCUCUGACUCUCUGCAGCAAAACUUGCUUCAUGGCUAUGCUUUCUCUCAAGAUGAAAAUGGAAUAGUUUCCCAGUCUGAAGUAAUCAGAGCUUAUGAUACCACAAAACAAAGGCCUGAGGAAUGGUGAAGGAACGCAGCUUGAGAGUUAGGCCUUAUUAAUUAUUUCAGUGAGACAGACUGCUAGAUCUUUGCUGGGAACUGUGACCAAGGCCCCAUUAUCAGAGAUUUUAAGAUCCAUGAUGGUCUUACUCCAUAAAGUUUGGAUUUGUGUAUUCAGUAGACAUAAGCACUGUGCAACUAUACUGUAACAUACCAUCUCUAAAAUUUUUAAGGAGUAUUCGCUUAGCUUUUGUAAACAGAUUGAAAAUUAUCUUGUAUCUUGCCAGCUUGCUUAUUUUACAAUGAAGCUGAAUCAAUACUGGUCAUAUACUUGGAAUGUAAGGGUCAGAUUGCUAAACAUACUUUACAUUGACAGACCAUUAGCAUCUGUUAAGGUUUUUAAGUGAUCAAUAUUUAAAUGCAGUUGAUAACAAGCCUUGAUAACUUGAUUUCAACAAGUGCUGACAAAAUAAUAUAUUAAUGGUGUUAACUCACCUUUAAGAAAGAUUUUGAAUCAAGAUGUUUAUAGAUGUUUGUGUCAAACUAACCUAAAAAAUGUUUGCCAAAGAAGUUCCAUAAAUGUUUUCUUUCUUCAGAAUUAAUUUCAAAGGAAAUUAACGCCAGUCCAGAUCUCAGAACUGCAUGCUUGAGUCUCUACACUUGAAGAGAAAGAUUUACAGUACCAUGAGCCUAAUUUGAGUGGCCUUUAUGGCAUUUGCUUUCAAAACUACAAUUUCUUACACCUUUGGCCUUAUAGAAGCUUUUCCUUUGUUUUCAUUUAAUAAUGCAUAUACUGAAAAUGACUGUGCACUUGUAAAAUAAAGUGCACAUACUGUUGAUUUGUUCACAUUUUUAAAAAUUGCUCUGCCUUACUUUCCUUUAUCGAUCUUUAAAUGUUUUUUGAAUGCUUAGUAUUGGAAGUUCUAUCUGCUUAUACUGCAGCUUCAACAAAAACUUUAUAAUUUAUAAACACAAACUAACUACUAAUUAAAUGUUCAACAUUUUUACUACAAUUAUCUGAAACGUAGUUAGUCAGAGCAAAGCAUACCCUUCAGCAGUGUGUGGUAUGUACUCUUUUAUUUGCACUAAAGCCACUUCCUAUAAAGGAGCUAAAAGCACUGCAGUGGCCUCUUUACAACUUAUUAAUCAUAAAGAAAACCUACAUACUCUCACCUUUUAUUAAAAAUGGAGAGCAAGUGAUUACAGAAAAAACACACAAUUAAAACAAAAAGGGAAGGGAGGUUAAAUUAAAAGUUUUAUUCCCUUGAGGAAAACAAUGAUGAUGAGUUUUUUUAAGUAGCUAUAGUUGGUAUUUCCAUGCUGUUUUCAAAUUGGAAUUCCCCCCAAAAAAAUCUUUAAAAAAAAUGUGUGACAUUUUAGUUCACCUUUAAUUCUGAUUUUAAAAGCCAUCAAAAUCAUGUUUAACAUACCUUUUAUAGAGUAACAGAUGCUUUUAAUUUUAAAUACAUUUCAAUGCAUAAUGUGGAAAUGACAGGGUUUUUUCUUUGAAUGGAGAUGAACUAGAUAGAAAAAUAGAACAAUGACAUUCCUGAUGAUCUGUUAGAAUAAGAAUUUCUUGUUUACUCUCCAAAUCCUUCAGUUUCUCUUUCUAAGUAACAAGCCAUACACUCCCAUCUUUUCUCUGUCCUCCCUGAUUUGUCGUAUACUUACUAAAGCUGACUUUAUCUUCUUGCCUUUCAUCUAACUGAACACUCAGCAUCUAACUUUACUGCACCAUCCAAUUUUCUUAUGUUCCGUUCUAGGAGAAACUAACAAAUUUACAUGAAAACUCCAACAAAAAGCACUGUAUGAAGGUAUAUAUUCAGGAAGGCAUAUCAAUGGGAAGACAGUCUGCAUUUCAUAUGCAUGUUAUGCAAUGUCUUCCUCUUACUUUCCCGGAGUGAUCUUUACAUGGAAGAGAAAACAGAAGACAUAGGGACAAAGGGAAUGUAUCCCACUAGAAACAGGGCUGCCAGUCAGUCAUGCAGACAAGAACUGCCUUCAGAAAAGCCAUUUCAAGCAUAGAUAAACAGAUGGAUCAAUAUGGGAGGGCCAAAUCACUUGACCUAAGGCAAGAAGAAAUUUGGGGGCAUGCCCCUUUCUGAAAUGGGGAUCCUAUUUUCUGUCAUCGAGGGGCAAUGGCAAACUUUAAAACAUUUCUGAAGUUAACCAUGACACUUAUUUUCUUAUAAUCUUUCAGUGUACUUAACUCAAAUGAAAGAACUCAAUCCAUACAUCCUCUUUAUUAGUAAAUUAUUUUUUGAUUUUUUUCUAUUCUAAACAGCUUAAAUACUGGUUUUGAAGAAAUGACACAAGGACUAGAAAUGUACUGUAAAUGUCUCAUGAGAAAUUUACAAUAUCACUUAUUCUUCAUAUGAAAUAAAAAUGUAUCAGGUCAGUGUAAUAUAGUGGGGGAGGCAUACAGUAUAUUCCAGUUUUGUUUAUCUAUACCAAAAGGGAAGAGAGCCACUGAAAAAUCUCUAAGAUCCUGAAUUUAGACUGUAAUUUGUGCUGGUGAUUGUGCUAUGCCAUAUUUUGCUCUGUUUUUUUAAGAUAACAUAAUCUUACCACUGUGUUUCAUCCUUACAUUUUUACAGGAUUUUAAGUAAGUAGCCCAUAAAGUGCAUUUUUCACUUUGCUUACUUCUAAUGUAUUUUUUUUUCUGUCUCUAAACAUUUUCCACCCACUGUUAUUUACUGUUUGGUAAUUAGUGCUGGGAAGAUUUCUGGCAAAUAGUAAAAAGACAGUGUGGCAGUUACAACUAUGGUUUUUGACUGCUCAUACAAUUUUAUUUUAAAAUAAAAGAGUAUCUUAGCUAUUUAUGCCCACUUUUCAAUCAGAUCCAAUAUAUAAUAUGCACUUUAUUUUCAUGUUAAGUACACGGUAAUAUAGUCUAUUAUCAUGUUUAGUAUAUCAUGUCUUUGUUAAAUUAAGAGGAUUGUGCAGAUAUUUAUUUAAAGAAAAAGCAAUUUAGUCCAUUGUUCAUCACAGUGCAGAUUUUCUUAUUUUUUAAACAUUUGAACUUGUAUUAAAUAUGGAAUUCACAUGGAAUUUUCCAUCUGUUUUUAUGUGCACUAUAUUGCAGUAACAAGGUAAUGUUAAAAAUUUUCCUUCAAAAGAGUUGAAGCAGUGCCACUUACAAGUCAGAUAUCAUAUAUAUAAAUACAGUUGCUUAUUUUUAAAUACAUAUAUAUAUAUAUAUAUAAAUGAUUCAAAACAGUAAGU